AUGUCUGAUGCAAAUCUACCCAAAAAGGAGUGCUCCUCAAUCUCCGCUAUCAAAACAACCGCUAGCGAUGGCCGAGCUCCUGAGGAGUUUCUUCGCAAGCGUGGCUACGAAAUUGUGAGCACCAUCGCAUCGGGAGGUUUCGGAAAGGUGUACCGCGUCCGUGCCAAGAGACGCUCUGUCAGCUGUGAGAGCAACAGCGGCAUUGACUCAUCGGUGGACCUCGCUUGUAAGGUCUUCAACCUCGAAGGCGAGGCUAUUCGCCCGUGGGCGGAGAAGUGUCUGAAGAAUGAGAUGUUCAUCUCUCAGUACGUCAAACACGAGAAUGUCGUGGCCGCCUGUGAGGUGAUGAAGACCAGCCGACACGGCUUCAUCUUCAUGCUCCUCUGCGAGAACGGCUCCAUCAAGUCUGAUCUGCUGUACAAUCUCAAACGUCCGUACAAUGACAAAGAGGCAAAGGAGCGUUUCAUCGGCCUGACAAAAGGACUGCAAUACCUUCACUCGAAGAACAUCGUUCACCGUGAUCUAAAGCUGGACAACUUUCUCCUCACAGCGAACAACGUGCCGAUGAUUGCCGACUUUGGCUUUGCCUCGCGAGCUAAAACCGGCACUAUGGUGCUGACGCAGAUGAUGAAGAAGACUGUCUGUGGAACAAAAGGCUACAUGGCCCCAGAGCUGUUCCCCCUUCUGGUGGUCGCCUUUACCGGCAGUGGCAGCCACUCAGGCCAUUCUCAUCACAACAACGCAACUGUGCCCGACAAUUGGAUGUACGACGCAAAAGCCGUCGACAUCUACGCCAUGGGCAUUUGUCUCUUUGAGAUGGUCGAGCUGCGAAAGCCCUUCGCCGAUGACUACUCCAAGGAGGUGAUGGCGAAGAUCGCCGCCCACCAGGUGCACUACCACGGGAAAGAGGUGAAUGAGGCCUGCAAGGACCUCAUCGCCGACAUGGUGAACUUCAAGCCGGAGGAACGUCCCAAUGUGGAUCAGGUGCUCAAGCACCGUUGGAUAUCUCAUGGGCGCGUCUUCAACACCAUCAUGAAUCGCCUGUCAACGAUUUAG